AUGUCUGUAUUUGCAGUCGCGUCGCUACGGGCAAUCCCGGGGCGAUGUCUGCAGCAACCAACGACUGGGCUGCUGUCUGUCCACAUCGGAUCACGAAGCUCUGGUGCUCAUAUUCGCGCCAUUGUUUCGCUGCCACCCUCAUGGCAGAGGUACCAAUCGACAGGCGCAGGGGAUGCGGCGCAGAAACCCACCAGUCAGAGUAAGCCGCAGAAGGUGACGUUUCGUCAGUUCGCUGGUCGCGCUCUGGGUGCUGGACUGAGAAACCUUGCGUUUGCUCUGAGCCCCAGGGGUAUCAAGCAGGCAUACAAAGACUCACCUGGGUCGACGUCUUUUGCUGUCGUCUUGCUUCUCAUCACUCUUGGUAUCAGCGCUGUAGCGCUGAGAAGCUUCUACGCCCGCUUCUACAACAAUAACUUUAGCAAAUAUCCCGAGCCCGUUGCCAACACCCUUCGACGAGCUAUAUAUUACAGCAAUUACGCGCCCGAUCCCGAGCUCGCGCUCAAAUACUACAAGAAGGCAAUGCAACAGUGCGCUGAGAUAGGGCUGGACCCAUUCUCGACCGAAGUGCUCGGCAUUCGUAUCCAGGUUUCUGCCUGGCUCCAACAGCUCGAAAACUACACAUCUAGCGGCGAGGUCCUGGAAUCAAUAUUGGCCGACUGCCAGAAAUGGGUCCGCGUGAUGGAAAAGUCUGUGGAAGAAGGCCAGGUGGACAAGCACGGCCAUUACAUCGACUCUUCCAAUUUGACCGAUGCGAAGGAGCUGAGUGGCAAGAUCGCUCAACCAACUACCAGCAAUGAGCCUAUUGUCAAGCACGAAGAGGCAGAGGCUCCACGCGAGACGCUUUGGCGCAAACGCGAGCGGUUGCUAGCCACAGCGGUGAGAACUGCGGUUGCUCUGGGAGAGCUGUACGCAGAUGAGCACGUCCUGAAGCCAGAUAAGGCAACCGAGCACUUUGUGUGGGCUGUCGAAACGACACUCCAGGAGUUCAAGCGCCGCCGAACUGAAGGAAGACGGCCUGGUGAGGAGACAUGGCUUACGCCAACCGAAGUUGGUGGCGCGAUGGAGUCUCUCGGACGAGACUACGAGCGCAAGUCGCAAUUCCACCUCGCUAUCCCGCUAUUCUUUCAAGCGCUCCGCUUGUGUGAUGUUCCGUGCCACCGCGCGGUGGUCAUGAACAACCUGGCAGCGUCGUUUGCUCAAAUUCCUGUCUCAUUUCUGUCAGGUGCCUUAUCCGAGGGUCUUAAAGAUCUUGAAAGCGCCGAAAUACCCAAGACUCGACCAGAGUGCCUCGAGGCCGCGGAAAACUGGGCAAAGAACGCCUACAUGCACGGCAAUGACGUAAAGGGUGACGACCGUACGCCAGAGUGUGACGAGGCGUGCGCCGCCGCCCUAUGCAACUGGGGCGACGUGGCCGCUAUGCUGGGCAAAAGUGCCAUAGCCAGGAAAAAGUACGAACAGUGCAUCGAAAUGAGCAACAAGCUCGGGUUCACAGAUGGGGCGAAGCAGGCGACAGAAGGCCUGAAAAAGCUCAACAAGUCCAACUAG